UCUUGAUAUGUUACCCCGUAACAAUAGCCCCCUCCUGAGAUCCAACAUGGAUGUAUGUGCAUUUCAGUUUCUUAUCUUGAUAGGAUAUUAUAUGUAAGCUGUGUAAAAACCUGUCAUGUUGACAGUCCAACUGACAAAACAGGAUUAUUCUUGAUAAAUAUUUUCAAAAAGCUGUCAUUCAAAUUUUCUGUGGAUAAUGGCUUUCAACGAAGUUAAUUCUCGGAGAAGACAUCGAGAUGAACAGUGAGGUUUACAAACUAAACAAAACCGCUAAAAAGAGAAGUCAAAUAGAACAGCUUCUUAUGGUAGAUCAUAGUGAUAUCUAUUUUGAAAAUGAAAAACUUGGAGACAGACUAAAUCGUUAUUUACACGAACUUCGCAAAGAUUACCUCAAAAAUGUUAUUCUAAGAGACACUGAAAUAAAAGAAUUAAACAGGGAACUCGAUACUUUUACAGCUAUUUUAAAGACUUCGGAAAUAGGUAGAAAAAUACGAGAGAAAGCUGAGGCUGAGGAAGAGGAGGAAUCUAAACAAAACAUACACCAAGCUGAACCCACUGAAUCUGAGAGAGCAAGUAAUUUAAAACGACGCUUAAGGGCACUGACACCUGAUCUUUCGGACUUUAAAUCUUAUGAAGAGCGACAUAAAGUAAGAAUCAAAAGUAGUUUAGAAAUUUUCCAAGAAGAACCAGAUAUUCCCAAGACGAGAACUCCGUCUCCAGAAAGCGAAAAGGAAAACGAUAAAAGAACAACCAUCCAACCUCAUCCUCGAAAUUCGCACGCAUUUCGAUCCCACUCGAACUUAUCAGGAUUAAACCGACAACGAAAAUUAAAGGAACGAAUUGAUACAUCAGACUUCCCAGAAGAGUGGUUCACUACUGUCGUUCCUGCAUCUGACGCCGUAAUUGCACGUGUCCGACGUCAUAAAUCAGCCCCGCUUCACCAAGAGUUGAAAAUGCUAAGAGCAAAAAAGAAACCAGAGGAAAUGAAAGAGGAAGAAGAUUCUGAAAUUAAAGAAGACGAAGACUCAAAUGAAGAAGCCAAAGGACUUAAAGUCAUAUGUUCUACGCCAGUUAGGCCUGUUGUCAUGUCAUUAAGGCAACUGAAGGAAAUUGCAAAUAUAGACAACCUUGCUGAAAAAGUGCCAAAUAAGUUUGAAGAAAUAAAGACAAAGCGUAUAGAAAAAGCAAAAGUUCAUUUUGACAAACUUGAAUCACGGUGUAGGAGAUUUGUUCAAGAUAUCAUGAGACAAACUGAAAAGGAUAUGGAAGAUCUUAAAAAGCCGGUCCCUCCAAAAUCCCCUAAAAGAAAACCAUCAAUAUUGCCACCAUCCUGAUCAUUACAUAAUUAACUGUUUCAUUGUUUUCGAAUUUUGUGGUGGAGGGAUUUAAGACUUACGAUCAAGUACCGCGUAGAUAUGGUAGCUAAUGGACUGAUUCAUUUAAAAGAACCCAUAAUAUUUCAUUUUGUCCAGUAUGUUGUUAUUUCUCAUACAAAAUAAUCCGAUAAUCUUCAA